AUCGCUCCGAUACAUGUUGUAUUUAUAUAUCAUAAUAGAUGAUUGCAUUUUGAAACGCACAGCAUAACGGUAACGCAUUGGGCUUUUCAUUUCAUUUCAUUUCGAUUCCAUUUCGAUUUACAUCGGCUUCAUAAUAACAAUUUGCAUAACUUAGUUGCUGCAUUGUUGCUCAUUCAUGCAUUCACUGGCCUGGGGCAGAGCCUGUUACUGUUGUCCAUUGUUGCACUUAUGCUAUUGAACUCGUCAUGAAGCUGCUGCAAGCCUAGCAUUAUGGAUAACAAUAAUAAAAUUAAUUUAAUUUGCCACAGUGCCAGGCCAAACAAUGCAAAAUAUUUUGAAAUGCUACUCGCAUUUUUUCGGUCACACCGGGUUCACAGAAAAUUAUGUUUGGAUCUGCAUAAUUUCGUAAUCACGAGAUACAUGCCAGUGGCAAGGGGUCGCUCCUCAUGGGUGUGGCAGUCAGUCAAGGGCGCUGCGAAUUCGACUGCCGCCUUUCCACCUUACCACCUUUCCCUGCCUGCCUGCCUUCUUGCCACUUUUGAGUGCUAAUGGCCGACAGACCUUCCGCCGAAAACCCGUUUCAAUUGCGACGACAGCUCUGCCCCCGAAAAACCGGACAACCCAACGAGAAUGAGUUUGUCCAGCUAAUUAGCAAUAAAAAGAAGUUGUUGGCUUGCAAUUCUUUCCGGCCAACGAAGAAAGCCACUUGCUUUGCAACGUUGGCGGAAUGUCAAUGGGGGGCAAGUAAGCGUCCAACGAUUUAAGGUGCGCAUAUCCGGCGCGUCGCUCCAUUUUUGGAGUAGCAUUCACAGGCGGUGGUGGCACCCAACCCAAGUCGAGCUAAGCCCACCCAUUCCCACAUCCCAAGCACCUUCUCAAGGGGAGACGCCUCCGCACACGCACGCGAGGUGGAUCGUCGCAUCAUGUUGCCGUCGCUGGCGCACCUGCGUGCUGACAACAUUGGCAGCAAGUUCGUCGCCACUAUUUUGAUGACGCUUGUCUAUUAUGGGCAGAUUACCGUAUCUGACUAAGCCGCUAACUGGGCUCAGAGUGAUGUGUUGGCGAGGCGUCUCAAUUGCUUACACUCAACAGCAUGAUUUUGACGGCAAAUCCAUCAGAUAAUUGGCUUACACAUGAUCGCACAUAAAUCUCUUACUUUUUAUUGAGUGUGUGUCUUAAUUAUGUUAUUAUUAUAUUUUUACUUUAGUGGAAUUUAAUUUAAUUGCAACAAUGAGACAAUUGACACCUCAAUCUACAGUCUGAAAUUCAAACAUAACCUUUUUUCCUCUCUCUCCUCGUUCUAAUUUUGUUGUCAUGUGUAAUUGAUUAAUUGAUUUGGGUUUAGCCAAGCUUGCGAAUUCAUUUGUCGUGACAUAAGGCAACAGGUAACUGGCAGAAGCAUACAUCUGCCAGACAUAGCCUGCAUUUAAGCAGAAGCUUCUCGUUUCGGUUAGCACACUUCACUAUUUGUGUGGGGUUAAAAUAUUUGCCAAAGCAUAUAGACAAGACAACAAAAGACCUGGUCGACGAACUGGCUUUGUAGAAAAGUGAAAAUCUUCUAAAUAAUAUAGCACAGGCCGUUAGUCGACGCUGGACUAAGGCCAGUGAAAAGCAGUCGCCGUCCUCAUUGAAGAAGCGGCCGCCGGGCAACGGCAAUAGCAUACAAAACUUUUGGAACGAACGCAUUAUGGAGCGCUUCAUAAAGGCGAAUCUAUUCAUUAUCUGCUGCGUGGUUGCCGUUCUCUUGCUGAUCGUCUACCUGGGGGCCUUCUCGUGCGAGGUGUCUUGGAUACUGGAGGCCCACGGGGAGCUGCCCUUUGCUGCCUACACUCUCUGUUCGCUCUACUUCGUCAUGUUUGUGGCCACCACGAUCCUCAUCCACGGGCUGGUCAGUGGGCUGUGCUGGCCCCUCUUCGCCUGGUCGGGCAUAAUUGGCCUGCUCUCUAUUCCCGAGUUGGUCUUCGUCAUGAUCAUGACCACACAGCACUGGGGUCUCCAAUCGGUACAUGGACUGACGGAACUGACAUCCUACCUGAUCCGUCUAAUAAUCAACUGCUUUGCUCUGAUCUGCGUUAUUCCCACGGGUAUUCGGUGGCGCCGGGAGACGCAGGUGCUCAGCCAGCUGCAGGGCCUGGCCACUCGCCUGUCCCUGCAGACGCCGGCGCCUAGUGUCCCGAUGAACAAGGCGGACUCCCGCCGCUCCAGCCAGCGUCUGAGCGGGUUUGAGAAUGCCGGCUACCAGCUAUGCGACGAGACGGCGGCCAAGAUGCCAUUGGGGCUGGGACUGAACAACCAGCUGGCCGGGAGCCAGGCUUUUGGAUCGCAAAACGAGUUCAACGCCAGCAUGUUUGCUCCAGCCUUGGCACAGCAGUUCAACAAUGCCACAUUGAUGCAACGGGGUGGCGCUGGAGGAGCACCUGGCGGACAUCGGGCCCAGUCUCUGAUGGAUCUGCGCUGCACUCUCCCCGGCAUGUACAAUCCGCGUCAUGUCCUGGAUACUGAGGACAAGAACGCCAAAUACUUCAACAUCACUAUCGAUGAUUUGAAGAACAAUCUCCAGGACUCCCACCGGCCGUCACCUCCCUCGUUGAUUGGGUCAGCCAGCAAUGAUCCCAUUUACUGUUCCAUUGAGCCGAAGCAGGUGACGCCACCACCUGCUCACCAGCGAGGCAAUCGGCCUCGGGGCAGCCACAAGCAGCCGCCUCCUGGCAAGCUAUCCCGUAACUGCGUCUCCCUGGAGAACCUGGACGGGAUCAGUAAGGUGCAGAACGACCUGACCGCCUACGGAAACAAUCUGCUCCAAAACUACACGCAGCAGCAGCAAUACUACCUGGCCAUGUUGCUCCACCAACAACAGCAGCAGCAACAGCUACUCCAUCAGCCUGGAGGGAUAUACAGAAGGCCAUCCAACUGCAGUUCCACGGGAGGAUUUGCGGGAACUGUUUUGGCCCAGCCGCUGCAGAGGCGCGGAUCCACUCACAGCCAACAGCUGCAGUAUUACGGAGGAUUCGGCUACGCCAAUUACGCCAAUCCGUACAUCACAGCCAACAGCAAACUGUCACUGGGUAACGAGUCCGACGACUACCGGAAGUAUCGCGAUGUGGCCCUUUGAGGCACUCCCGAGCCAAGUCCUUGACGCUCCAGGACUUGACCAUCAGUCAGCCCCUAGGUUACGCUCAGU